UUGCCUGCACACGGGACAGGAACGUUCCACGAAUUGCCACAGGGAUCCGGAAGUCGCGCGGCCAACCCGUGAAGAGCGCGGCCUCUCCCCUAGCUUCCGCCCGCCUCCCAGUGCACAUGCGUGGUGCAGCAGGGUAGGGCCGGCCGGGUGCUCUGGGCUUCGGAGUCCCGAAGCAGCCGCACACAGACACCAGCCGGCUUUUGCUCGCCGCUCUUGCUCCAUGGCUGCUCAGCCCUUGCCCGAAGCCCCACUCACCCGGCGGCCCGUCCUGCUGGGCCAGAUGGAGGGCUCGCAGGACGUGGUGACCAUGGCGGCCAUCGUGCCCAAGGAAGAGGGGCUCAUCAGCGUCUCGGAAGACAGAACUGUUCGUGUAUGGCUGAAGAGAGACAGUGGUCAGUAUUGGCCUAGCAUAUACCACGCAAUGCCAUCUCCAUGUUCAUGCAUGUGCAUUAACCCGGAAACAAGAAGGCUGUCCGUAGGUCUAGACAAUGGUGCAAUCUCAGAAUUUAUUUUAUCAGAAGAUUACAACAAGAUGACACCAAUUAAAAGUUUCCAGGCUCACCAGAGCAGGGUUCUGAUGGUUCUGUUUGUUCUGGAGAUGGAAUGGAUCCUGAGCAUAGGCCAGGACAAGCACUUCACGUGGCAUUGCUCAGAAAGUGGGCAGCGGCUUGGCAGUUACCGUGUCAGCGCGGGUGCCUGCGGACUUCAAUUCGAUGUGGAAACCCGGCAUGUUUUUAUCGGUGAUCAUUCUGGACAGGUGACCAUCCUCAAACUGGAGCAAGAAAACAGCAGCCUCAUAACAACUUUUAGGGGACAUACAGGUGGAAUCACUGCCCUCUGUUGGGACCCUGCGCAGCGUGUCUUGUUUUCAGGAAGUUCCGAUCAUUCAAUUAUUAUGUGGGACAUUGGAGGAAGAAAAGGCACAGCAAUUGAACUACAAGGACACAAUGAUAAAGUUCAGUCACUCUCCUUUGCCCAUCACACUCGGCAACUUAUCUCUUGUGGAGCAGAUGGCGGGAUUGUUGUCUGGAAUAUGGAUGUUGAGAGACAGGAGACACCUGAAUGGUUGGACAGUGACUCCUGUCAAAAGUGUGAUCAGCCAUUUUUCUGGAACUUCAAGCAAAUGUGGGACAGCAAGAAAAUAGGCCUUAGACAACAUCAUUGUCGGAAAUGUGGGAAAGCAGUGUGUGGCAAGUGCAGCUCGAAACGCUCUUCCAUACCACUCAUGGGAUUUGAAUUUGAAGUGAGAGUCUGUGACAGCUGCUACGAAUCAAUAACAGAUGAGGAGCGUGCUCCCACAGCCACUUUCCAUGAUAGCAAACACAAUGUUCUCCAUGUACACUUUGAUACAACACGAGGAUGGUUGCUGACAUGCGGAACAGACAAGAUUAUUAAGUUGUGGGAUAUGACACCUGUAGUAUCUUGAUGCAUCAGUGAACCAUAAAAUAACUGUGGCUUACGGAAGAAGGGAAUCCUAGUCCUUACGCACAAGAUGAAGCAAUGCUGUGUCAUGACUGAUAAGGGAGAACCCUAAUAUCUCUGGACGGUUAAUGAAGUGAUCUACUGGAUCCAGGGUGAACCCUCACACCAAAUGAUCUACUUCUCUUUGUUCUUGAAAUACAGAGCUAUUUUUAAAAACAAACAUAAUUCUACAAUCUGGUUCUAUUCAGCCAUGUGGAAUUUUUCUGGAAAAUCCAUGUGCAGUACUGUUUUUUCCAUGUUCUACUUUGACAUGCAGUUUAGUGUAGAGGAAUUGUUUCCAAAUGCAAACAGUCCUCUGCACUAUUAGGUUGAAAUAAUUGAAUCUGCUCUGAUGAGACAAGACAGAAAGCAAUGAAUUCCUCUUUCCAUAUUGUUUCGUAGAAAGCUGUUGAGCAAGAACUUGAAUUGUGAACUGUCAUUUUAAGAUCUAGGCAGCCACGGCUCUUUAACAGAAAAAGUUUUUCUCAUAAUUGGUAUUGUAGCAAAUGGUACUAUGAGAUAUGAGGAGGUGGGGGGAGGAGAGCCAUACACACAGUGCAGUAUUUUCUGUUGCAAAACCCAGAGGAAUGCUUGUGUAGCAGCAGAUUUCAAAACGUUAACAAGCUUUCCAGAACUAAGCAUUACCAAUGAAUGACAAAAAUCAGUUCAUACUGAGGCAGUAGCUGGUCUAUGGAAAUGCCCCCUUCUAUUUAGCUGGACUAGCAAUGCCUGUAUCUGCUUUGGGAAGUCUGCUAGAAUUGGUGUGCUUUGCUGAGUAUGGUUUGAAACUUUAACUCUUCCAUGCCUCUUGCCUCUCUAGAAAGGUACGUGUUUUUAAAAUUGCGGAUAGUUGUAAUUAUUUAAUUCUCAAUGUAGCCUCCAGAUUAAUGUGGUUGAAUGUCUUUUUGUUCUGCUGCCUUAUUAGGCAGUUUUUUUCAAAAAAUAAUAAAUGCUGAAAUAAAAACUGCCUGUUUGAGAGUAUCUAGAUCAGAAGAUGAAAAAUUUGCUGCUUUUUCAAUCUCCAUAAACUUUGCUUGAUAGAUAAUUUCUGAUUGAAUACCUAGACACCAUAAAAAGGGCUAAACAAAUUAGCUAUACAAGUAGCUAAUAUGGAGCCGUGUUUCAAGAGCUCUCAAGUUGCAGCUGAUUUUUUAGAGGUCAAUAGCCUUGUAACUUCUUGCAUCCUGUUUACUGCGGGAACUAGCUAUGUCAGAUAUUUUCUAGAUAUGUGCACAGUUGGAAAAACUCCUUGCAUCAGCAUCCAACUGUUGUGGGCUGUUUUUUAUUGUUCAAAUUAGUUUCCAGAAGUACAAGUGAAAUAGAUAAUAAACCUUUCAUGAUGGUUAUACCCUG